AUGGAUCAGCUGCUCAAUCAAUCCGCUUUCAGCUACGACAACGUACAGAGGAAUGCCUUCUUGGAGGCCAAGGGCUACAAGGCGCCCACGACCAAGAAGACUGGCACCACCAUUGCUGGCAUCAUGUUCAAGAUCUCUUUCGAUCCCCUCACCAUCUGGCUCGAAAUUCAGGAUGGUAUCGUGCUGGGUGCUGAUACGCGUGCCACUGAGGGUCCCAUCGUGUGCGACAAGAACUGUGAGAAGAUCCACUACAUUGCGCCCAACAUCUACUGCUGCGGAGCUGGCACAAGUGCCGACACCGAGAACAGCACUGCCCUUAUCAGCAGCCAGCUGAAGCUCCACCGGUAUGCGACCGGCAAGGAGUCGCGAGUGGCCACAACGAUGACCCUCCUCAAGCGCAUGCUGUGGCGCUACCAGGGCCACGUCGGCGCUGCUCUCGUGCUCGGUGGCGUGGACGCGACCGGUGCUCACCUCUACACAAUCUAUCCUCACGGCUCUACCGAUAAGCUUCCCUACGCUACCAUGGGAUCCGGUUCGCUGGCCGCCAUGGCCGUGUUCGAAGCCGGCUGGAGGCCAGAGAUGGAGAGGGCCGAGGCCAUGGAGCUCGUGCACCAGGCCAUCCUGUCCGGUAUCUUCAACGAUCUGGGUUCGGGUUCCAACGUGGACUUGGUGGUGAUCACCAAGGGCAAGGUCGACAUUCACCGCACCUACGACCAGGCCAACCCGCGCCCCUAUUCGCGUGUCAGGCCCUACGACUUCCCUCGCGGCUCCACGGAGGUGAUCUCGCAUAAGGUGGUCCCGCGCAUCUCUGAGUUCAAGGAGGAGGAAGAGGCCGCGGCGCAAGCGGCUGCCGCCGCCAAGGAUACCAUGGAAGAGUAA